AAAGUAUAAAAAGUAUAGCCUUCCGUCUGGCUCAACGAAGAGAAAUCAGAAUCAACAAGACCAUCAACCAGCCACAAUCUCCUAGAUCAAUUCUUCCUUCCCCGUUGCUUACCAGUUCACUAAGUCUCAUCAUGUCCCAAAUCAUCACCGUCUUCGGAGCCACAGGCAACCAAGGUGGCUCGGUCGUCAAGUCCAUCCUGGCCGACCCCGUGCUGUCGAAGGAGUGGAAGAUCCGCGGAGUCACUCGCGACACCAGCAAGCCCGCUGCCCAGGCCCUCGCUGCCCAGGGCGUCGAACUCGUCACGGCCGACAUGUCCUCCACCGAGGCAGCACUCCCCGCAGUCACUGGCGCCCACACCGUCUUCCUGGUGACCGACUACUGGGAGACAAUGAGCCGGGAAACCGAAGUGUCCCAGGGAAAGGCGGUGGCCGACGCAUGCAAGGCUGCUAACGUGAAGCACCUCAUCUUCUCCUCACUGCGCGAUGUCACGGAGAUCAGCAACGGCAGGCUGCCCAAUGUCAGCCACUUCGAUGGCAAGGCCGAGAUCGAGCAGUACAUCCGGGACAGCGGCAUCGCCGCCACCUUUGUGCUCGCGGGGCUGUACAUGAGCAACUUCUUCGAGAUGCUGAACAAGCAAGGCGAUAACUAUGUUUUGGCUUGGCCUGUGGAUAUGGAGAAAGCGCAGGUGCCGCUGUUUGAUCCCGCUGAGGAUACCGGCAAGUUCGUGAAAGCGGCGAUCAAGCACUUCCCAUCGUCCGUCAACCAACGCAUUUUGGCUGCCGACGACUACUAUUCUCCUGGCAGAAUCGUGAAGGAGUUUGAGGAGGUGACGGGCCACAAGGCCCAGACGGCGACUAUCCCCGGAGAUGUGUUCAAGUCGUUCCUCGCGGCCCCUAUGGCACAGGAGAUUCUGGAGAAUGUUCUCCUGUUGGAGGACCCGGGUUACUAUGCGGGCGAGUCUCUGGCUCCUUCGCGGGCGCUGCUCGAUGAGAGUGACAAGCCCACCUCAUGGAAGGAGUUCGUGGCACGUCACAAGGAGAAGUGGUAGAGGUAUGCACAUACGAGAUUGGAGGAAUUUGUAUGUUAUGGUUUGGCCUGGAGUAUACGUCAUUUGCACAAACCUUAUGUUGCUAUUGAAUACCAUAUGAAUACGAUUUUUUGCUGAGUUGUCGCACUACUAUGAAGAUAACUGCAAGGUUAAU